UAGUAGGGAGCAAGCAAAGCAAGGUAUCCGAUCUGUACAUAACCCCACGACAACCAUCGCCGUGUCUCUCUCUCUCUCUCUCCCCCUUCACUUCCAAGUCUAUCUCUCCAUGGCUGUUUCGGUCGAAGAAAAGCCAGAGGAACAAGCACCAAUUCCCGACGAAGAAGACCAACAACCCUUUAAUGGCGACGACGAAGACGAGGACGAGGACGAGGACGAGGACGAUGAUGACUUCGAAGACGAAGAGGAAGAAGAAGAAACAGUGUCGAGAACGCGUUUUGAGAGGGCUAAAAUGGAGAACCUAUUCCAGCGAAUUUCGACGGAGAGAGUUCCCCUGCGAGUCCACGACUUGGUGAUCAAGGGCAACACGAAGACCAAGGACUCGCUCAUCGAAGCCGAGGUCGAAUGCAUCAAGAAAGCCACCACGGUUCAGGAGCUUCUUCAGGCCGCUUCGAUAGCCAACUCUCGUCUUCACAGCCUCGAUAUCUUCGAUUCCGUCAACAUCACGCUCGAUUCGGGGCCGCCUGAGUUGCCAGGGACUGCGAAUGUCGUUGUCGAGGUUGUCGAGUCUAAAAACCCUCUCACUGGCGACAUUGGCAUAUUCUCAAAGCCCGAGGCUAGAUCUUGGUCACUUGAAGGAUCACUCAAGCUAAAAAACUUGUUUGGAUUCGGGGACCUGUGGGAUGGUUCUUUGGCUUAUAGCUGGGACCAAACUUCAGAGGUUAGUGCUGGUGUGUCCUUGCCUAGAUUCAAAGGAUUGGAAACUCCAAUGCAAGCUCGAGUGUCUAUACUUUCACAAGAUUGGCUAAAGUUUUCUUCUUACAAAGAACAAGCAUUGGGUCUGUCCCUUGGCGUAAUAUCAUCCAAGAAUCAUGAUUUGUCGUACAACCUUUCUUGGCGUACCUUAACGGAUCCGUCACAAAUGGCAUCUACGUCAAUAAGGAGGCAGCUUGGACAUGGUUUACUGUCCUCUCUGAAGUACACAUUUAAGAUUGACAAGAGAAAUUCACCUUUGAGACCAACUCAAGGAUAUGCUUUUGUUUCUACAUCUCAUAUCGGUGGACUUGUACCUGAUUAUCGGAGCUUACGGUUUUUACGCCAGGAGUUCGAUCUUCGUUAUGCUUUUCCUUUGGGUUUUUAUCAUGCUGCUCUGAACUUUGGGGUCUCCUGUGGUGUUCUUUUUCCGUGGGGAAGUGGAUUCUUGAAUAGGCCCUCAUUCCUACCUGACAGAUUCUUCUUGGGUGGCAAUACUACUCCAGUUUGCACGUUGGGAGGCCCAACAACGCUUUUGGGUUUUAAGUCAAGGGGACUGGGCCCUACUGAGCCAAGGAGAGAAAUUACAGAAAACUCCAAUGUCGAAAGUUCUGACACUCAUUCUGGAAGGGAUUUUCUUGGUGGUGACCUUGCUGUUACUGCUUUUGCGGACCUUUCUUUUGAUCUUCCAUUGAGGGUGUUGAAAGAAGCUGGUAUCCAUGGACAUUUUUUCGCUUGUGCUGGUAACCUCACCAAAUUAACAGAGAAUGCAUACCGAGAUUUUUCUUUCAAGAAAUUCCGUGAUUCUUUCCGAAGCUCUGUAGGAUGUGGGAUCAUUAUACCCACUAAACUAUUUCGUAUGGAGGUUAACUAUUGUUACAUACUGAAACAACUUGAGCAUGACCGUGGGAAGACUGGCGUGCAGUUUAGCUUCUCUUCACCAGUAUAAGAUUUGGAGCGAGUCAUUUUUAUCCUUGUUUGAUUUCCAGCAAGAUCGAGUUAAUAUAGGAGGCCUUUCAGAACCAUUUGAUAAAUUUGUUUCUUCUCUGAGCAUCUCAAUUUAGAUCAAUUUAGAUGGCUCCAUGGUUUUUUGUAAUUUCUAGUGAAGCGGGAAUACGGGUAAACAAGAAGUGAAGUAUCAGUAUAAAUGUGGUUGUCCUUUGGUUCAGAUUGGUUGGAGAAACAAAUGGAAUUGUCAAGACUUCCAAACAGUUUCAAAGGAUCUUACUGUACCCCAUUCGUUUGUAGGUAAUGGUGACAUACUUUGAAAAUUAUAUGUUUUCUGUUCCACAUGCUUGUUUCUUCUUGAAUUUGAGAGAAAAUAAAAAGGCGACCUUCUUUGUUCUUUGGUUUCUUCGUCUCUUUUGACAGAAAAAUAAAAUUGUAUUGAUUUGGGCGAAAUGGACUCUUUCACUGUCAAGCUAUGUGAUCUAUAUUCCCAUGGAUUAUGUGUUUUCUGGA